UCUUAUGCGCGUUCCUCAACUCCUUCUCUUAUCGCAGGAGAGUGAGGCACUGCCGCUGUGGAUCGUGGACCGGAGGGGAGAAAUGUGUCAGUUAUGCGCCACACAAGCCAGAGAUCGAUACAGUAACAGAGCCGGUGAGCUGUCAUGAUUCCCAUCACUGAGCUGCGGUACUUUGCUGACACGCAACCUGCGUACCGCAUUCUGAAGCCAUGGUGGGACGUGUUCACAGACUACAUCUCCAUCGUCAUGCUGAUGAUCGCCGUGUUCGGAGGCACGCUGCAGGUCACGCAGGACAAGAUGAUUUGCCUCCCGUGCAAAUGGGUGGUAAACGACACCUGCGACCAGAACAACGUCAGCGUGUCUCUCAACUCUGAACCCAAAGGCAUCAAGUAUGACCUCGACCGGCACCAGUACAACUACGUGGACGCCGUGUGUUACGAGAACGUGCUCCACUGGUUCGCGAAGUACUUCCCGUAUUUGGUGUUGCUGCACACGCUGAUUUUUCUGGCGUGCAGUAACUUCUGGUUCAAGUUUCCGCGGACCAGCUCGAAGCUGGAGCACUUCGUGUCCAUUCUGCUGAAGUGCUUCGACUCCCCGUGGACGACGCGGGCGCUGUCCGAAACCGUGGCGGAGGAGAGCGACUCGAAGCCGGCCGGAAAGGUGAACGGGUCCAUGGAUAAAAAGGCCUCCAGCGUGAGCGACCAGGAUGUGGAAGCGAGCGUUCCCAUGCUGCAGAGGACCAAGUCUCGGAUCGAGCAGGGGAUCGUGGACCGAUCGGAAACGGGCGUCCUGGACAAGAAGGAGGGCGAGCAGGCCAAGGCUUUGUUUGAAAAGGUGAAAAAGUUUCGUGUCCAUGUAGAAGAGGGCGACAUCGUCCACCGCCUUUACAUUCGUCAGGUGAUCAUCAAAGUCUUCCAGUUCAUCAUCAUCAUCUGCUACACCAUCUAUUACGUUCACAAGAUUCAGUUCAAAGUCGAGUGUAAGGUCAACAUCCAGAAGCUGACGGGUUACAGAAUGUACCGCUGCGCCCAUCCGCUGGCCACGCUCUUCAAGAUCCUGGCCUCUUUCUACAUCAGUCUGGUGGUGGUGUACGGCCUCAUAUGCAUGUACACGCUCUACUGGAUCGUCAGCCGCUCGCUGAAACGCUACUCCUUCGAGUCCAUCCGCGAGGAGAGCAGCUACAGCGACAUUCCGGACGUGAAGAACGACUUCGCCUUCAUGCUGCACAUGAUCGACCAGUACGACCCGCUGUACUCCAAGAGGUUCGCCGUGUUCCUGUCGGAGGUCAGCGAGAACAAACUGAGACAGCUGAACCUGAACAACGAGUGGACGCUGGAGAAACUCCGACAGAGGAUCACCAAGAACUCGCAGGAGAAGCUGGAGCUUCAUCUCUUCAUGCUGAGCGGGAUUCCAGACACCGUGUUCGACCUGGUGGAGCUCGAGGUGCUGAAAUUGGAGCUCAUCCCUGACGUGACAAUCCCACCCAUCAUCGCUCAACUGUCUAACAUGAGUGAGCUGUGGCUUUAUCACACACCGGCCAGAAUCGAAGCUCCUGCGCUGGCCUUCCUCCGAGAGCACCUCAAAUCCCUCCACAUCAAGUUCACAGACAUUAAAGAGAUUCCUCUGUGGAUCUACAGCCUGAAGAACCUCGGCGAGCUUCAUCUCACCGGAAACCUCAGCGCGGAGAACAACCGCUUCAUCAUCAUCGACGGCCUGCGGGAGCUCAAGAGACUCAAAGUUCUGCGGCUGAAGAGCAACCUGACCAAACUGCCUCAGGUGGUGACGGAUGUCGGGGUGCAUUUGCAGAAGCUGUCCAUCAACAACGAAGGGACCAAACUGAUGGUUCUGAACAGUCUGAAGAAGAUGGUGAACCUGACGGAGCUGGAGCUGGUGCGCUGUGAUCUGGAGAGGAUUCCUCACUCUAUAUUCAGUCUGCACAAUCUACAGGAGAUUGACCUGAAGGACAACAACUUAAAGACCAUCGAGGAGAUCAUCAGCUUCCAGCAUCUUCACAGACUGGUGUGCCUCAAACUCUGGUACAACCAAAUCGCCUACAUCCCCAUCCAGAUCGGCACGCUCACCAACCUGGAGCGACUCUACCUGAACAGAAACAAGAUCGAGAAGAUUCCCGCGCAGCUCUUCUUCUGCAGGAAACUUCGCUACCUGGACCUAAGCCAUAAUAACCUGACCAGCAUCCCUCCAGACAUCGGCUUCCUGCAGAACCUGCAGUCCUUCGCUGUUACCGCUAACAGAAUUGAGAUGUUGCCACCUGAACUCUUUCAGUGUAAGAAGCUGCGGACGCUCAAUCUUGGGAAUAACUGCCUUACGACGCUGCCGUCUCGAUUCGGAGAGCUGACGGGCCUGACGCAGCUGGAGCUCCGUGGGAACCGUCUGGAGGGUCUGCCGGUGGAGCUGUCCGAAUGUCGCCUUCUGAAACGCUCGGGGCUCAUCGUGGAGGAAGAUCUCUUCAACACGUUACCGCCCGAGGUCAAGGAGCAGCUGUGGAGAAGCGAUAAAGAACAAGCCUGAGAGAGACGGACGGAGGAUAAGCUCUUUACAAAAUAUCUUUUGCUGAGAGAGAAAACAUCAGAUUCUCAUCCGACAUGAAAAGAGGGCGUAUGAAGGGAUGCUGUGGACCUGUACUGCCCUCUACAGGCCCGGAGGCGCAUGCGAAUAGACAACACCGAUGCCAACAUGAUGAACACGUGUUUGGAAGUGCCUGGGUUUCAGCAGUGGCAUUAUGGGACGUGUGGAUAUAAGCAAUAUGUUGUUUGUGUAUUAUGAGUGCUUGUGUCCAGUCGUGAAAGAGACCAAUUCAGAGGACGAAUGUGCCAGUUAGUGACGUAAAACAAGAUCUUUACCAACUUGGGUUGUUUCGCAAGCCCAUAUCAACUUCAGAAAUAAAUGCCAUGUACACAAUCUAUCAGAUAUAUAUGUACUUUACGAAGAGACAAAACUGAGAACUCUUAAAAAUGAUAUACUCCUUAAACUCUUAAAAAUGGCAAAAACAAAAACGCCUUGUUUCGUCCUCUCGCCAUCUUUCGAAGAUGUUGCGUGUGUUUGGAUAUGAAGACCCGGAUGUUGCACCCUGUUGGUCGACUUCUGAAAGGAAAAGAUGAAUCCGUGUUCUGAUGAUGACUGUUGUAGUUGUGUUCCCGCACUAAGAUGGCCUUACUCUCCUGAGCGUAACGCUGGAGUUCAUUUCAAAUUUUACGUUUUAUCUUUAUAAGUUUUAUAAUUUUACAAAAAAACAAAAAACAAAAAGAGAGCACGGACGAACUGUUUCGGUGUUUGCAGGUAAAGCAAUCACGUGUUAGCGUUUCUGUUUUUACGUGUUCGUAUGGUUUAUUUUAUGAUUUUAUUUGAAUUUUUAUGUGCUGAAUAUGAAUGUACACGAUACGGCUUUAAAUAUAAACCAAGUAAGGAUUUCUGAGAAACACUAAAAAAUGUUCUUUCAUGAAUUUCUUGGUUGAUACACAGUUCAGAGGAAACUGUUUCUUAAGAUUUUUCAAUUGAAAAGGAUGGCUAAACGCAAGGAUUGAAGCGCAUGUAUGGAAAAUGUAGGAAUUUACCGCAGCGUAUGAUCGGCCAAGUGUGAGAUGUUCUUGGAUCAAGAACGUUGCUGAAUUCAACCAAUCAGAUUUGAGAAGUAGUUGAUGUGACGUUUAGGGUCAGGUGCUUCUACAUUACUGUUAUUCGUGUUUGCUUUCUAAAUGAGAUCAUUUAUGGUUGGGUUUAGGUUUUUUCUAAAAAAAUGUUCCUUGGUCAAGAAACUGUUGAAACAAGAACAUCUCAGCUGGAAAAUUGCAUUAGACGCAGAGUAUUAAACCAUUAUUUUUAAUCAGGGAAAUAUCACAUCAUAACGGUACAGGAACAAACAAUGUUUAGUACAUGGGAAAACAAUAAGCUACAUACAUUUUCCUCAACAUAGGCUACACUCCCAAGACAAACACUCCCUGCUGCAGCCGGUCUUCGAGUUAAUGUGCUGAACACAGGAGCUCUUCUGUUACCAUGAGGAAAGGUGCCACGCCACAUAAAAGCCCCAUUCAUUCUCUCUCUCUCCAUUAAAAAGUCAGCUCGUGGUCAAUUCAACCAGGUUGUAAUUACACUAAAACACUCUUCUAACUUUGUAAAUGCUUUAAGCUGCCUCACAUACUGUAUACAUAAAGAUAAAACUGCAUCUCUUCUGCACAGCCAUCAUAAAGUAAAAAUGACAGGCAGGUGUGAAUAGAGAUGCACCGUUCUGUGACGUCAGAACAAAUAAAG